CUUGAUUGAUUGCAGCAGGCCAGCAACGAAAGAAAGACGAGACAGAUCAACGGCCUACAUCCUUUCAACAAACUGACCAACGACUUGCUUCUUGUGCCCUUUUUGCUGCUUUUCGUGUCGAGCGCAUCUGCUUCCUUCUUACGCUCGUUUGGAAGGCCACCACCGCCAGGAUCCAAAUUCUUCAACACCGCGUCGCAGUUGCCUUUAUUCGAUUCACAAUCCGUGUCUUCGCAAUAACACUUUUUUUCUUUCAGAAAUGGGUUCGUCACCUCUCCGGUCUUCCUGCCUCCUUGCCUCACUCUGCUCCUCACCGUCUCUCUUCAUUCUACCACAAGCCAUACGUAUCUCAGCCCUCGCCUGAAUUGCAUGAGAUCUCUCGAACUUAUGAACGAGAUGGAGUCAAAAGGCGAGGGUCGUAUGAGCGCAGGCUCCAAGAAUUCUGACAAUUACACCAGUCAAGAAGGACAACCUUCACACUUUACUCUGCCUUCAAUCGAGUCUGCCUUCACUCAGUCGAACAUGGCUGACCUAAAUACAAAUGCAGCUGCGGUGUCUCCAAACGGCGUACGGUCCUCUCCCUCUCCCAGCCUCCCAAAUGGCAAGCCUGCAUCUCCCUAUGUGAAGGAAAGCAACCCCAUGGGAGCCAAUGCAGCCCAGACUGUUAGCUCAAAAGACCCAAAGGCUGCGGCUGCGGCUGCAAAUGAUAUGCGAAAUGUGGUUAGAAGAAAAUUGACAGGCUAUGUCGGGUUUGCAAAUCUUCCCAACCAGUGGCACCGCAAGAGUGUCAGGAAGGGCUUCAAUUUCAAUGUCAUGGUUGUUGGCGAAUCUGGGCUGGGAAAAUCUACUUUGAUCAACACCCUCUUCAACACCUCUCUUUAUCCCCCUCGCGAACGCAAAGGUCCAAGCUUGGACAUCAUUCCCAAGACUGUAUCCAUCCAGUCCAUCAGUGCCGACAUUGAAGAGAAUGGAGUUCGCCUACGAUUGACAGUAGUUGACACACCAGGCUUUGGGGAUUUUGUCAACAACGACGACUCAUGGAGGCCAAUUGUGGAAAAUAUUGAGCAAAGAUACGAUGCAUACCUCGAGGCGGAGAACAAGGUCAACCGAAUGAAUAUUGUCGACAACAGAGUUCAUGCCUGUGUCUACUUUAUUCAACCAACUGGACACUCUUUGAAGCCUUUGGAUAUCGAAGUGAUGCGCCGGCUGCACACCAAGGUCAACCUGAUUCCCGUCAUCGCCAAGGCCGACACCUUGACCGACGAAGAAGUGGCUUUGUUCAAGCAGAGAAUACUUGCCGACAUCCAACACCACUCGAUCCAAAUCUUCGAAGGUCCAAGAUAUGAACUUGACGACGAAGAGACCAUUGCCGAGAAUCAAGAGAUCAUGUCCAAAGUUCCCUUCGCCGUCGUCGGUGCCAACUACGAGGUGACCAACCCUGAAGGCCGUAAAGUGCGAGGCCGUCGCUAUCCAUGGGGUAUCAUCGAGGUGGACAACGAGGACCACUGCGAUUUCGUCAAGCUGCGCCAGAUGCUGAUCCGUACACACAUGGAGGAAUUGAAGGAACACACCAACAAUUCCUUGUACGAGAACUACCGAUCUGACAAGCUUAUCCAAAUGGGCGUCUCUCAAGAUCCCAGCGUGUUUAAGGAGGUCAACCCUGCAGUCAAGCAAGAGGAAGAGAGAACACUCCACGAACAGAAGCUUGCCAAGAUGGAGGCGGAAAUGAAGAUGGUGUUCCAGCAAAAGGUGCAGGAGAAGGAAAGCAAACUGCAACAGAGUGAAGAAGAGCUGUUUGCUCGUCACCGUGAGAUGAAGGAACAACUGGAAAGACAACGCGCCGAACUCGAGGAGAAGAAGGUUCGCAUUGAACAAGGUCGCCCAAUUGAGAAGGAAGGCAAGAGGAAGGGCUUCUCACUCCGAUAGACGUCGACAGCGACGUUCUCGGCAGUGUUUGGCAUGUCCUUCAUUCUCUACUAUUUGCACUUCAGCUCAGCGACGAGACGACGAUGGCGAUACCUUGUUUUCUAAACCACUUUCAUUUUCUCUACACGUCUUGUUGGUAUUGUCUGAAAGUAAGUGACAGACUGGGGCUGUUACCGUCGCUACGUUUUUAAUCACAUACAUGAUUUUCCAAGAUGGAGGGGUUGGAUUGUGCAUAAUGCGAAGGUCCAGUCCUGGUUCAGCACCUCAAAGUAUCUUGAUGGAUGGGGACGGUCAGGUACUUCAUUCACAGCCAUCAUGUAUACCCACCUCACGUUGCCCUGGUGUUUUCUGUGUGUGUGUGUGUGUGUGUGUGUGUGU